CCUCUUUCAGCCAUAAAAAUUCAUUUCCCUUGCUUCCCAUCUCUCUUCCACCAAACCCCAUCAUCUCCUCUCCUCCCUAGGCUCUGAAAGAUCGAGCCUUUGAUCUAACCUCUUCUCAGACCUCAAAAGCUUCCACCUUUUUUUUUGUGGAUCCGAUGGAAUCACAAGACGACGUCGUCGGCAGCAAUCCAACCCCAUCUCCAUCGUGUAACCUCUGCGGAAGACUCAUCGCUCAAUCCACUACCCCCGACGAUCUCGAAAUCUUCAGCUUAUGCGGAGACUGCAAGUUCCUCCUCCUCCAAGACUUCGGCACCACGACUCCUCCUCCGUUAACCAGGAGGCAGACGUCUAGAAGGAGGAGGAUGAGGAUGAGAAGGAGAAGAAGAAGUAGCAGCAGGCAAGGAAGCUCCGAAGAAUCUUUCUUCGAUCAACAGCAACAACAGUUCACUCAUUUGAUAAGCAUUGCAAGACAGAGCCUUUCUUCAUCUCACACCACUCCCACUGGUUCAGCGAGAUGGAGGGUCUUGUCCGAAUCCGAAUCCGAAGAUCUUGAUAACUUGUCCAACGCUAGCUUUAGCCUCUACAGAUUCUCAUCGCUUGGUGGUGACAAUGACGCUGUUUCUUUUAGUGCUUACGGUGGAGGAGAGUCUGAUGCUUCCACUGAUAUCGAGUUCGACACUGAUAUUGACCCUAUGCAUGCUGCUCCGAACCAAUGGAACUCAGACGAAGAAGACAGAGAAUGGGAGGAGGAGGGAGGAGGAAGGCAUAGUAGAACUCCAAGUGAGAGCAACAGCUCAGUGACUCGGUUUGAUUCACUCGACUUUGAGAGAACGUUUCGUCAAAGAAUCAUAGAGAGGAGACAAGCCUUGUCUCGCAACAUCUUCACCGGUCUGGAGGAUUUGGAGUUCUCUCGCUACCCUGGAAACUUUGCUGACUAUCUCGACGAGAGAGGGUUUGAAGAGCUACUUGAGCAGCUUGCUGAGUCUGAUAACUCGAGAAGAGGUGCGCCGCCUGCUUCUGUUUCAUGCGUCAGGAAUCUUCCGAGGGUUAUCGUAGGAGAGGAGGGGCUAGAUUGUGCUGUCUGCAAGGAGAUUUUCUCCCUUGGGAAUGAGACAACGCAGCUUCCGUGUCUUCAUUUGUACCAUGCUCAUUGUAUUGUCCCUUGGCUUAGUGCUCGUAACUCCUGCCCGCUCUGUCGGUACGAGCUUCCGACGGAUGAUAAAGACUACGAAGAGCGGAAGCAGAACGAUGUGGUGGAUGUGGUGAGCGAGGAUAGCUCUUCCUCUGAUGAUGGCACAGAAGCUGGGGAAGAGGAGGAUCAUGAUGUUGUGAGAGGUGAGAGUGAGGCUGGUGUGAUGAGGAGCAGAGUUAGUAGAGGAAGAUGGCUGUUUCUGGCUGCUGCACCUGUUGUGAGUCUGGUGGGAGUGGUGUUGGCAAUGUGGCUAAGCAACCCACAGAGGAGGAAUAUAGUAUUUUCUAGUAGCCAGAGAGGGAACAGGACUAGAAGAUGGUUGCCGUUUUUCUGACAGCAAGUCCCAGGUGUUAUUCCAGAAUGUGUAGUAUUAUUACAGACCCUUAAAAGAUGCUUGAGUUUUUUUUUUGUUUGUUUGUGUUUCUGGAUAUUGACUUGCGCUGUUUCCACAUGUUAGUUUAAUGGAAGCUUAACCGAAGCUGUGUUGUGUGUUGCAAGUAUUCUUGAUUUAACCAAAGCUAUAGCAAACUUAUCUUUGUUUA